CCAAUAGACAAGUCCACUGGUACUACAAUUGUGUCGUCCACCCCAUCUGUUGAAUCCGGCUUUGAUCCAGCCGAGUUCGGUGCCAGCCUUUGUGAAAUUCAGCGGCUCAAAGAACCAGCCGCUACGUCCUCUCCAUUGCCGAAGUCUGACGAUGAAGCCGCAUCUCCAGGAUCAUGGAGCGCCAAUCUUGAUCUUGUCUAUCCACCGAGGUUCAGUGACGAGAUGGUUGGACCUUCUUGGAUAAACCUGACUCCAUACCCAACACCUUCUUGCACACAUCUUCACAAUGCGAUUGAACCGCAGCAUCUUCCUAAGCCUUUCAAGAAAAUCGCUAGUAUGAUGUGCUCGAAAUGCUUUCUGGAAAUCUCCGCCAAUUUAACAGAGCAGCCUCGUGUUGAGAUCAACGCUAAGCAAGGAGCUCGAGUCGAACUAGCAGGAGAUGUUCUUCUGCAGUUUCAAGGACGUGAAGAGCUUUACAGUUUGAUCAAUGCUACCACGAGACUUCAUGUUACGCUGAAACCGACUAUCAGGCACUCGACAUUUGGCGA